UAUACGUGGUUCUUCAUGGGUUUAUUGUGUCGUUAAAUUCCUGUCGCUUUAUUGGCUCUUUUCUGCGAUUCUGUCAUCCGGUAUACUGUUGCGGAACACGGUGCUUGUAUUUCAUUAAGAAAUCGAUAGAGAAAUGAAAUGAGAUCAAGACACUUUUUCAGAAAUGAAAACCUAAUGAAAGAACUGAAUUUGCCGUCAUAAUGGAACCAUUACUUACGAGCAAGGUUCUCCGAGCUCCCAAUUUAAAAAGGGGUCAAGAAAAUAUUAGGAUACAAGACAGAAUUAAGCUAGAACGUGUACUAGGUGUAACUGUUUCCAGCAAUGCAGCCCUCGAUUGUGAUGUGACCAGCGAAUUGGUUGCUUAUCCAGCUGGUUGCACUGUCGUAUUAUUUAAUCCACGACGAAACAGUCAAGCACACGUAUUAAAUGUUUGCCGGAAAACUGUGACUUCCCUGGCAUUGGCCGGGGACGGUAAAUUCUUGGUCACUGGUGAAUGCGGUCAUAUGCCGAACGUUCGUGUCUGGGAUAUUUCUGAUCCGCAAAAUGCUGUGCAGAUCGCGGAAUUUCCGGGACACAAGUAUGGCAUCAACUGCGUGGCAUUCUCACCCAAUAUUAAAUACGUUGUAUCAGUCGGUUCGCAGCACGAUAUGAUUGUCAAUGUUUGGGACUGGCGAAGUGAUGUUAAAAUAGCAUCCAAUAAAGUUUCGAGCAAGGUGAAAGCUGUCUGCUUCGCAGAAAAUGGCAAUUAUUUUGUUACCGUGGGUAAUAGGCACGUUAAGUUUUGGUACUUGGAACAUUCACGUAGCGCCAAGUAUAAAGAACCCGUGCCUUUGAUGGGUCGAUCUGCUAUAUUAGGAGAACAGAGGAACAAUGAUUUUGUUGAUGUAGCCUGCGGUAGAGGAGAAAUGACGGACUCUACAUACGCAAUAACUAAAACAGGCUUGCUGUGUGAAUUUAAUAUUAGAAGACUUUUGGACAAAUGGGUCGAGCUUCGAACAAGUAGUGCCAAUUGUAUGGCGAUCGGAGAUAAAUAUAUUUUUAUUGGAUGCGCUGAAGGUAUUGUAAGAUGCUUUAGUCCUAGCACACUUCAAUUUAUUACUACGCUACCGAGAACACAUUACUUGGGAGUUGAUGUCGCACAAGGAUUAUCCAUCAGCCAUAUGUCUCAACACCCGUCUAACGCAAAAUAUCCGGAUGCGAUUGCGUUGGCGUUUGAUGAGCGAAAUAACAAGCUGACUUGCGUAUAUAACGAUCACAGCAUCUACGUUUGGGAUGUGAGAGACAUCAAACGGGUUGGCAAAUCACACUCAUUUCUAUACCAUUCAGCUUGCAUCUGGGGUGUUGAGAUGUAUCCGGUUGAUACAGAUUCCAUCGGUGCAAUGCCGCUUGGAAGUUUCAUUACUUGCUCCAGUGACGAUACAAUAAGGGUCUGGAAUCUAGAGAAGGACAAUUCACCGAAUGAUACUUUAUAUAAACGGAACAUUUACAGCAACGAAUUACUCAAGGUAUUGUACAUAGAUUCAGAAUUGACUUAUCUAAAGGAUCUGGACUUGGCCGCUGCAGGAUCUACUGAAAGAAGCGAUACAUCUUACGACAGUCGUAACGGUGUGAGAUCGAUAAGAGUCGCUCCUGAUGGCAAGCAUCUCGCUUCUGGCGAUAGAUCCGGCAACAUCAGAAUUUACGAUAUUUCUUCGUUGGAAGAGCUAUGUCUAAUAGAAGCACACGAUGCCGAGGUGCUAUGUCUAGAAUAUUCCAAAUUCUCGCGACAUUCAUUAAACACUCCUAGACUAUUGGCAAGUGCAUCUCGCGAUAGAUUGAUUCACGUUUUUAGUGUUGAUCAGGGAUAUAAUUUUCUGCAAACGCUUGAUGAUCAUAGUUCUUCUAUUACUGCGGUCAGGUUUUUUAAUCAAUUGAGUCAGACUAAUCAAAUACAGAUGGUAUCCUGCGGCGCAGAUAAAAGUAUAAUUUUUAGACAAUUGCAAUCGACACCAGGUGGAAUGCCGCAAUUUGCUAGAGGCCGCAACGCUCAGGGAAAAACUACUUUAUAUGACAUGGAAGUCGAUUCCGGACAGAAACAUGUGCUAACCGCCUGUCAAGACAGGAAUAUUCGCGUUUACAAUGUUACUACGGGUAAACACAGCAAGACAUUCAAAGGUUCCGUUAGUGAUGAUGGUUCACUGAUUAAAAUUGUUCUAGAUGCGUCCGGUAUUUAUGUAGCUACCUCAUGUACAGACAAAACGUUAUGUGUGUACGAUUAUUAUAGCGGUGAAUGUAUGGCUACUAUGGUUGGUCACUCAGAAUUAGUAACAGGUUUACGCUUCAGUCCAGAUUGUCGUCAUCUUGUGUCUGCAAGCGGCGACGGCUGUGUAUUCGUAUGGCGUGUUCCACACGAUAUGGUCGUGACUAUGCAGGCUCGUCUAGCCCAGCAAGCAAUGCGCGCUGGCAAAAGACCGCUCCAAGUUAACGGUGGUGGAAUCGACGUGCGAUUAGAUAAUGAAAUCUUCGGUUCGCCUCCAUCGGACUUUCUCGAUCCCAAUGCGAAUCCGACGCUCCAGAGUGUAGAUUAUAGAUUUAGUGUUGGUCAGCUGCCAUUAUGGGCGAAGAAACAAAUGAAUACCGCGAGUAUUGAUGAUAGUGCAACACUGAGCUCAAGUGUCAGAUCUCUCGGUGUUGAUCUGCCGAAGGGACGAUGGGCGCAAAGAGUUCAACAAGGCGACGGUAUCACUGUAAAGUCCGUCUAUGACAGUGAUGAAGUUAUACCAUUUCCUCCGUCGCGCAGUGCCAUUGACUCGGAUGGUGGUGAUGGUGGUGGCUCGAAGGACAGCUCCAUUGAUAGCGGCACAGAAACGAAAUGUAGCAGCGAUUAUCGUCGAGAAACGUUAAUUAGUAAAACGGAAGAAGAGAAUGUAUUUCAAUCAUGCCCUAAAAGUUAUACAGAGAUAGAAAAUGAAACGAAGCAGGUAAUUGGCGAUAAGGUGACAAUAAGAAGUAAUAAUAUUACGGAAUUGACACGUCAAUCGAGGAGUCGUCAUCACACUGACGAUAGCAGUCUUGGCAGCUUUAAAUUUGAGGAUCAUGAAAGCACUGAACAUGAUGGGGAUGUUGAAGAUUAUUCCGAAGGAGAAAACGGAACGACUGGUUCUGAAAAGUCACAUCAUAGAUUAAUGUAUUAUCCCCCACCAGAAGAUAUUGUGUCAAAUCAAUUUACUGUUAAUGCGAUGGAUGUUGAAGAGCUCCGAAGAUCACAAAGGCGUCAAAGAAAAUUGAAAAACACAGAGAAUGGUCGGACGAGCGAAAUGACUGCAUCUGGCAGUCAGGACGAAUCUGAUUCAGAAGGCGGAGCAUCGACUCCUAGCGCCGAGAGAAAUCCGUUAUCUAUGUUAUCCGAAGCUAGCUCGGAGGGUUUUGAUCAGCUUGCUAAACAAAAUCAUAGAGAAAAAUAUCUGAAAAAUGCCUUCGAAUCGCUUAGUGGUGCAGAGGAGCCACCAAAUCGUGUAAAAGCAACAAGUAUUAGUUCUCAGUUUCAUGGAAGAUUUAGUAGUGGUGAAAAUAAUACCAUUACCAAAAUACGUAAUGCAGCAGUGGUUAACGUAACAAAACAUACAAAAGGUGACGAUGAUGUUAUGAAGAAACGGGAGGAGUUGCAGAGAAGGAUAGAAGAAACCAGAAGAAAAUUACAAAGUGUUGGUUAUAGAUCGUUACUGAAAUCCAGCCAAAGCAUAUCCGAUUUAAGCAGUCAUGUACAGGAAAAGCAUCGUCGUUCAAAUAGGCUCAGCACAGGUAACAAAUCCGGUCAGCAAAACCAAUUUGCAAAACCGAUUAAUCCUUGUAAACCUAUGUUAAAUCCAAAGCCCACGUUUAAAUCCCAGCAAUCCAUUAACAAAGUUCAAGGUAUGGGGAAUGCAUUACCUAAGCUAGAGAUACCAAAUGAAAACCGCUUGUCGAAAAGUCCAACUAUGUUGUGCAUCAAUGAGAAAGCAAAAACAACUCUUAACCGUCCAUUAACGUUGAUAUUAAAAAAAACUGAAAAGUAUAAACUGUCCUUGAAUAAAGCUAAUCAAUCUUUGCCCGAGUCUCCUGUAUGUGAGGAAUCAAAAUUAUUGAAAGAACAGUGUAAGAAAAACAUAAAUCGAUUUGCAAGAUUUGCUCAUAAGAGAGGAUCUUGUAGUUAUUUUAUCGGUCUGAAUGAUCAUGAGAAGGAUAUCGAGAGUGUUGCAAAAUCUUUCGAAAGCUUACCUGCUAUGAAUGAACGUAAUAUAGAGAAUUUCAAGGAAAUCAUUGAUAAUGCUGAUGAGGGAAGUGGCAAUUUCAGUGACGAUUCAUUGGAAGGAGAUUUUAAGAAUCCACCUCGACGUUGCGUCAGUGAUUAUCAGAUAAAUGUUCAUAUGAAUGACUGUAGAAGUUAUUCGAAUUAUGAGAAUAUUCAGAAAAAAAUUUUAACUGGCUCUCAAGAAAGCAUACUUUCGAAUGCCUCUGUUGAGUCAUUCUCUAAAGGAAGUGCUGAAAUCUUAGAUUAUAAUCAUUAUGAUUAUGAUAGACACUCAAGUGCGAGUUUCUUUUUGUCUCGGCGUAAAAUGCAGGAAGGCAGAAGUCAAGAGAGCAUAUUAACUGACGAGUCGGACUAUCAGAUGUUUCCGUUACGCGAGAACGCUGAUCAUCAAAGUACAGAAAGCGUGUUAACCGAUGACUCGGAUUCCUUAGUGAAAUCUGCACCCCUGGAAAUGUUGUUUGACUCACAUUACAAGCGAAAAAGACAAAAUUCCGAAACCUACAAUGGAAAUCCUAAUAAUAUUGUAGAGACCAUUACGGAUAAUGCACAAAGCUCUCCUAACAAGAACACAUUGUAUAGAACGGUGUUUAGAUCGAAAUCUUUGCAGGAUACUAGAGUCAACAAAGCGAAGAAUAAUAUGAAUUUUGCAGAAGAUAAUGCAUCAUUGAAAACUCACGUUUACUGUGAAUUUAAUUUUGACAAUGAACACAAGAAUAAUGUGGAUACGACAAUUUGCAGUGGUUCAGAAACUAUUUCGCAUAGCAAUAGUCUGAAAGUGCCUACAAAACUAGAAUCGAUGAUGAUCUUGAAUGAUUUUGUUGCACACAAACCACCAAAACCUAAGAGAAAUUCAUCUCGUACUCAAAGUAUGCGUAAUAGAGCUAGACCAACUUGGAAAUAUAUUGACACUCCGCCCUCAUCACCUGCUUUAAAAAGCGAUUCCGACAAUUACAUGGCAUCUUCCAUGAGUUCCACAUAUGAUAUUACGCAGGACGAUAUGAAAAUUAAGCAAGAUUCAAUCGAUUCGAAAGUAAUGCAACAAUUUUUGCAUUCCGCGAACUGUACGUUACAAUCUGACAAUAAUAAAAAGAGCGGAAAUGAAUUUUACAGUCUACAGACUUGUACCGAUAAAAAUGAUAUUUCGCAGGAUGAACAGAUAUAUGUCAGGAACGACUCCUCAUGUUUAACAAAAAAUCAUCACAUAAAGAAGAUUCAUGAAUCGAGGAAGGAACUGUGUACAUCUUAUGAUAAAGAACAAAUAAAUUUAUUUGAAAAUGUUCCAACAAAAAAUAUAUAUGAAACUUACGACUCACUAGAGCCCAAUGAAGUCUCCUGCGAUCUGCAAAGAGAGGAGCUAUCGUUCGAUAGUUCGAAUUUGCAAUCUACCAAUGAACAUAUCAACAAUCUUGAUGCGAGUGUGAAUUUUAAGAUAACUCGUGCAAUUGAGGGAACUGUGAAAUUACUUUCGAAAGAAUUUGAGAAUCUAAUGAGGCAAAAGCAAUACUUGACGAAGGAGAAAUAUUUGCAAUUGACGCACGGUCAGGAGACGAGCAAAAACUUUGCUAAAUUAGAGGCCGAGCGGGAUGGUAGAUUUUACACAAUCAAACGCAAUAAUGUACGGCUACAUUCGUGUGGCGAAGACAGUGAUUGCGCUGAUGUGUCAGCGAUGGAUAGAUCGCUAAUGGAAAGUGGCUCUUCCACAUCCGCCUCAAGUUGCACUAAUUCGCCUAAGAGAAUGUGGCCGCCUGCGUCGCGAUGUUCGAGUCACGCAAAGUGGACGAAAACUCUACCGACGAUCGAUCAAACGAUACUUUCCACGAAGCAUCCUUAUGCAGUUUCAGGAAAAUUAGGAAAUAAAAAUAUAAGCGCAGCAGCGAAAUUGGGAAGUGCUAAUCCUAGCAACCAAUUCAGAUAUAUGUCAGGAAAAAAUCAUUCAACUCACAUAACGAGAAGCAGCAGUGUUGGUGUUUUAAACCAAAGUGACUCUGAAUCAGACGCUGGUAUAACAGGGGGGAGUAGAGGCUGGGGCGGUCACUCCUCCAACAGCAGAACAAGUGGUUUGAUGAGACCAACGAUUAGUUCUCAAAAUAAAAUCAAUCAUCAAAAUAAAUUGACUUCUUCUGGUAACAAUAUUUCGUCAAUUUUGAGAAGACGAGGAAUGCAAGGAGCUUUCUCAAUUGUUAAUCUAAGUCAAGCAGGAAAUCAAGAAGAUUCGAGUUCAGAGGAUACUUCAUCGAAUGGAAAUGGAGGAAAACCGGCACUACCACCAAGACCUAGAAGUAUCAGUAUUGAUCAUUCCUCUGCUAGUUUAAGUCUACCUGGUACAACGGUAAGAAGAUCUGGAUCAGCAAUCAUCACGAAUGGCCGGAGUGGUGUUAGCGCAAUCGGACAAGACGGAAAUAGGAUAUCUGCGGCAAGUAAAAAUCAAUUAGAGCCUAGUCCACACGAACUACCAGUUAAAGAUACCGAUCGUGCUAUCGACGUAACUAGUGUUAAAUUAGGCAUGGAUAAAAUAGUGUCCACACAACUGUGCAAUACGAUUGCAGACGAGCUUACACGCACUGCGGACAAUGUCGUACAAUUGUACAAACGUUUGACGAUAGACAAUGACCCAUCUACAGGAGCGAUCGACCGAGAUACAAUGCUACGAGGAUUGGAAUCGUCCGUUAAUGAAACUAUGCGUACUCUACGACUGGUUGUUGCUGGUGGUGAGAAUGACAAUGACGGAAGUAGUGAGAACGCCAUCACUAAUGAAGCGACAGCAAAGUUUCAAGAAUUACUCGCGGGUCAGGACCAGAGCAAGGUAGUCAAUAUGAUGCAGCAAUAUUCCGAACUGCUCUUAACUAUGAUGCAACAGAAGAUGGGUGGGACUCAAUCAAAUCACACAUAAAUUAAUCCGUCCAUCUGAAUUGAAAAAAAUAAACAUGCCAUCGUAUUUAACCGAUAUAUUCAGAUAAUACGAAGAAUAUAUCUUAUAGUGGUCUGUUUUCAAGCAUUAUAUUAUUCAUAAUUUUUUUUAAUUUGAGAAUUAAAGCUCUUUUGAGUAGUCGCCGUUACCAUAUUGAAUCGUGACGUCAUAAGGAAGAAAGAAAUGACAUCUUAAUUUUUGUUAUAUGCUAUUUGUAAAUAACAAUAAUUUGAUAAAAUGAUAAAAAAUGAUAAGAUCAUUUUAAAAUACUUUUAAAAAUGGAUCGAUGCUGUCUUUAUCCUCCCUAACAGUCAGUAAAUAGUCAUAAAAGAUGUUAAAGGGCACGUGCACGCGUUUACUCAAUGCGCAUGCGCAGCUUAUUUUCACUUUCAUUGUUCACAUAUCUUUACAACUAUUUACUGACUGUCAAUGGGAGAAGAAUAGUUUUGAUCUAUUUUCACAAUAUUUUAAAGCGAUUUCAUCAUUUCCUUUUAUCAAAAUUGUCUUUACUAACAAAUGGCACGUAACAAAAAUUAACAUGUUAUUUCUCACUUAUUACAUCAUAAUUUCAUGACAGUGGCGAUUACUAAAAUAUAUUUUGCUUUAUAAAAAUAAAGUAGAUAUGUCACCGCACACAAAAACUCUGUAUACAUAUCGCAUAAUUACGAAGAAAUUCUUUCUCCUUUUGCCAAUUGUGGAUUAUAUCUGCUUUUGUGAUUAAUUUUUAAAUUCGAUAUAUAAUAAAUUAAUAGUAGUAGUGUAACAUGACAUACAUCAUCGAAAUUCAUUAUCAUCGUUUUUAUAUUCUAUAUGUGAAAUAUAAAUUAUAUAUUUUCAACUACUAAUAGAUAUUAGAAUUAGUCUACGCCAUCUACGUUUAGAUAAAUUGCGAGAUGGACAAGUAUGGACAAAGUAAAUAUCGUAGAUUGUUUAAAUGUACGUAUAGAACCGAUUGUAACGACCUCAUCCAUUUAUAUUUUGAAGCCAUAUAUCGUGAAAUGCCAAUUAACUAAAGACUAAUAGAAUAGUUUUCAAACAAAUAUAUACAUGUAUACAUUGAGCGAUAUUAAUACAAUAAUAUAGUAGUGCUCUUAUUAUGUAACCAAAGGUUAUCUGUAUUAACGGUCUAAAGAAGGAAUAUCUUUUUUCCUUCACUAUCAAAGCUUUGCGGAAAAUCGUUAUAAAAAAUAUGCAAAAUGAAACUUGCCAGUAUAAAAUAAAAAUCUAACUAUAAGUUUAUUAGUCAUUGCAUUAAGUGUUAAAUCAGGCUCGAGUAGCCAGAUUUGAUACUUAAUGUAAUGACUAAAAAUGUAUAGUUAGAUGAUAAAGAUUUGCCAAUAUUUUAAUAAAAUUUUAUAUUUCAAAAUGUGA